AUGAUGGACGAGUUUCGCGAUGAGUGCAAGUUAGCCUGGCGAAGUUUGGGACUAAAUGGAAAUUCAGCCAUGGAAGAGAAUGCGAUUGACCUUAAAGUCCCGGAAGGUCGCCAGGAUUUCAUUAAUCUAACCCUGCGUCAGAUCAAACCGGAAGACCAGCUAGAAUUCUUUCGUGAGAUUAGUUACGCUAUUGUCUGCCGACCAGAUGCGUAUUGCCAACAAGCUGAUACAGUUGUUGCACACCGACGGCUUCAACAUUGA